AUGCGCCGAUAUGUCUGCCGGCGAGUCUCCGGCGACAUCCUCAUCUUAAUGUUGAAAUACGGCGAAUGUCCGCUCUCAUCUUCUAAUAUGUUUCGCUUGAGCUUCACUUCACUCUUCAGAUUGCUGGUGAGAGUUAAUUUCGAAGCCCGGAGACAGAUUUUCCGACCUCCUGUGGUGCUUUUCACUGCAGUUCACGUCUUUUUUGCACUGUCCGGGAGAUCUUACUUUUCGAAGGGCAGUGUGAGCUGGAGGUACACAUCGUACGAGGAGCAAACCAUACGUGUAACAAGGAUGUUCCCGUCUGUUGAUCCUGUAGAAGAGAAGGAGGCAACUCUUUCAAACUAUUAGUAUCAUUAGGCCACAGCGACGUUUUCCCCAACUGAUCAUACCUUGUGCUGUUGUGUGAGGCUUGCAGAUGGAUUUCAAUAGCAGCUUUCCAAACAGAAGAUCCAAUAAAAAACCAAUGAAAAUGCUCAUUGCCCGAGAGAUGUCCACAGAGUUCGAUUACAGACGUGAUCAUCCUAAUUUAGUUGCAAAAUUAAUGGGCAUUGAUCCCCUUUCCAGACGGGAACCUGGCCCAACUACACAAAGAAGCCACUCUAGAAUUCAUCCUCAGAAUAGUUCCACGGAUUUCCCUAUGAAUUAUUCAGAGCCACAGAAUGGAUACUUCAACUACAUAAAUCCAAACGAGAAAAAAGAUGUUCGUUUAAAAUGGCAGAAACCACAGAAAUACGAGGACAACGUAAAUGACAGGAAGAUGAAUCUUGUCCGCCAGAAGUUCAUAGAGGCCAAACGCCUGUCCAUAGACGAAAAACUCCAUCAGUCCAAGCAAUUCCAAGAUGCAGUGGACGUACUAAGCUCCAAUAGGGACUUGUUCCUCAAAUGCCUGCAAGAACCGAACCAAAUGUUUUCCAGGCACCUUCACGGCCCUCCAGAAAUGAAUCGGAUCACCAUUCUCAAGCCUUCAAAGGUUGCAAACAACUAUGAUCUCACUGGAUCCAGAUACAAAAACGAGAAACAUAUGAAAAAACGCACCUUUAUCCAGCCGAAUCGUUCAGAUAUAAUCCAUCCUGGAAAUCCAACUCAACCGACGCGAAUAGUAGUUUUGACGCCAGGUCAUGAGAAACUUCGUGAUGCGGAGGUCAUUGGCCCCUCUCAGUCGCGUCUACCGAAAAUACCAUUCAGUGAGGAAUUUUUCGGGGAUGCAGAAGAUGAUGAGUGCCGAAAAUCGAGAAAAGUGGCAAAAUCAAUCACGCGGCAGAUGCGCGAAAGACUCGGUGGCCACCACCAAGGGGAAACCUUGGUUUCCUCCAAUUUUUUCUCCAAUGGUUAUGCUGGGGGCGAGAGCUCAUUUGAUAAAUCGGAAAUCGAGUGUGAAGACGGCAAACCCAGUGAUUUAGAAGCCUCCUCGCCAAUUUCUAGGAAUUCAUGGGAUUAUGCUGACAGGAUUGGGAGUCCGUACUCGUCUCCAGUGUUUACAAGGGUGUCUUAUUCUCCUGAGUCUUCGGUCUGUAAAGAAGCGAAGAAACGUUUGUCUGAGAGAUGGGCCCUGAUGGCCUCCAAUGGGAGCUGUCCAGAACAAAGGCAUUUCCAGAGAAGCUCGAGCACCUUGGGCGAGAUGCUUGCACUGCACGAGACAAAGAAGGAAGGUUCUCAAAGGGAAGACGAAAGUUGUUUCGAACUCUUUGUUGAUGAGCAAAAGAGAGAAGAAAUUGUGGAUUGCUCGCAUAGAAAUUUAAUGAGGUCGAAAUCUGUUCCUGUUUCAUCUACUGAAUUUGGAUUGCUGUAUCCGGUUAUUCCGGUGUCUGACAAGACGAAACCGGGGUCUCCGAGGGAGGACGUGAAGGAAGCAAGUGUUGUGUCGUCAUUCAGAGGGAAAGUUUCUAACUUGUUCUUCUCAAGGAAUAAAAAAAAUGGCAAGAAUAAGUCGCCUGUCUUGGGAACUAAAGAUGACGCUCACUCGUUUCUUGGAGAAAUUUACAGUGAUAAAACUGAAAGUCUGAGUGAGAAAGGGUCCGGCAGUUCAACACCUGAGCUUAAUUUAAUUGGCAAGCAGGGCACUAUAUUCCCUGAGACUGGAUUAGCCAUGGCAGAACCUAUUGCAUCUGGAAACAUAGGUGAAAAACACGAUCAGCCUAGACAGAUUUCUGUGUUAAAUCCACUUUUCGAGGAGAAUGAACAUACAUCAAAGCCUUGUGGCCAGCAAGGAGUUCCCAAGCUACUUAAUUGCAUUGGACCAAGCUUGAUUGAUAAAUCACCGCCCAUAGGAUCCAUUGCCCGCACACUAUCUUGGGAAGGCUCGUGUUUGAACACGACAGCCUCAUUUCAUCCCGAACCCUUUACAACCACUCGAAAAACAGAUGACGAACUAGAAUGUUUUUCCCUCGUCAGGACUUUAUUAUCCGCAGCAGGCCUCCGAGGCGUGGGGUUGCAGUCGGGCUCAUUUCUUGCCAGGUGGCACUCGCCCGAGAGCCCUUUGGACCCGUCUUUAAGACGAAACUACAUCGAUAAUUCACAUGACACACGGCAUUAUGAUGUAUCUUCUAUACAGGAACUUGUAUUCGACUGCGUAAAUGAAGUCUUAAAGGACAUUGCAGGGGAAAACGAAAUGGGUUCGCGCCGAAAAUCGACAAAGGCCGACAGUUGCAUCAAGGAAGCUGUGUGGGCCCGGAUGAAAGUGUGGUUUCAGGCCCAGGAAGAUGGCUGUGGGGCCCACUACAGCCUGGCGGUGGAUCGUGUGGUGGGAAGAGAGGUUGCGGGAGAGGGGUGGAAUCGUAAUUUAGGGUCGGAGAUGGAUUGCUUGUUGAAGGAGAUGGGAAUGGAGCUUCUGGAGGAGCUUGUGGAGGAGACUUUGGUUGAGUUCAUCACAGGUAGAGAGUCUUAACUCUUUUGUGAUUUUUUUUUUCGGUAUUCAAAUAUAAUUUAACUUGUAAUUGUAACUUACUUUGCGAAUCGCAACCCCCUUUUGUGAUUUUUGUAUUGUGAUUUUGAAGUGACGAUGUUCCGUAUGAGUAUUAUUUGUUUAGUGACGCGUUUGAAGAGAAAGAGAAGAAAAUGUUCAGUUAAUCAAAAUUGUUG